AUGCAACAGUCGCAGCUGGACCCUCUGCCCACUGACCUGCCCUUCCGGGUCAUCUCAAAGACCAUUGGCCGAGGGGCUUAUGCAUCAAUCAAGAAAGCCGUCCCUCUAGAUGCAAAUACACCCGUCUUCGCCGUCAAGUUCAUCCACAAGGGUUACGCCGUCAAGCAUGGCCGGGUGUCAGCAAAGCAGCUCCUGAUGGAGGUGUCACUCCACUCGCAUGUCGGCCAACACCCGAACAUCAUUGAGUGGUUCGCCUCAGGAGAGGACACCAAUUGGAGAUGGAUUGCCAUGGAAUUUGCCGAUGGAGGCGACCUCUUCGACAAGAUUGAGGCAGACGUGGGCGUUCACGAGAACAUUGCCCACCUUUACUUUCUACAGCUCAUUAGUGGCGUGAGCUUCAUUCACUCAAAGGGCGUGGCGCAUCGGGACCUGAAGCCUGAAAACAUUUUGUUAUCCGAGACGGGAAGUCUCAAGCUUGCUGACUUUGGUAUGUCGACCAUGUUUGAGUAUAAGGGCCAACGGAAGACAAGUUCCACCCUCUGCGGCAGUCCGCCGUACAUCGCCCCCGAGAUCCUUGCGUGCAGCAAGGCGGAGAAAAAGACGUCUCCCGACGCGAUCAAGUACUCGCCGGACCUCGUUGACAUUUGGUCAUGCGGCGUCAUCCUCUUUGUCUUGCUGGUCGGCAACACUCCCUGGGAUGAGCCGUCGAAAGGCAGCUGGGAGUAUCAGGAGUACGUGCGAACAAACGGCCGCAGCACAGAUGCACUCUGGGGGAGGAUACCGUCGGAUACCCUUUCACUUCUUCGAGGCAUGAUGAAUAUCGACCCAAGUAAACGCUUCUCCUUUCGACAAAUUCGGCAACAUCCGUGGUACACCAGGCAAAACCCGCACUUGACAUCGGACGGGACGAUUUCCGAUCCGAUCAACCUGGCCACGCAGAUGCUGGAGAGUCUAAAGAUCGAUUUCAACCAGCAACCCACAGCCUCCCAAGGUCAUCCAUCCAGCAGUGAUCCUAUGGAUGUAGAUAGUGUCGGCAAGGUCUCUUUCACCCAGCCUGAGACCCCCAUCAACGACGUCGCAUGGGACUGGGAACGCCCCGCUCUCAAGGUCAUGAACCCCAUUGCGGUUUCCUCCACACAACCUAUAAAUCGAAGCGUGAGCGGCGUUGCCAACCGACGCUUGUUUAUGGAGUCCCUCGCAGAGGAGCCUUCCAUCAGUCAGUUCUCGCAGACCCCCGGUGUCCCGCUGACACUCACCCAAGCGGCCCGUCGCUUUCGCGAUAUCGUGCCCUUCGAGUCCCUCACGCGCUUUUUCUCGCACGUGCCGGCCCAGCUCAUCGUGCAGAUGCUCAGCGACGCCCUGCACCAGCUCAACGUCCCGCUGCCGCCCGUCGCGCCGAACCUGUAUUCGGACCACAUUGUCAUCAUCAAGAUCAAGACGCUCGAUGAGAGGCGGCAGUCGCUGCACGGCGAGAUCCACGUCGAUAAGCACAGGCUGCCGGAGGAGCAGGAACUGCUCGAUAUCCGUUUUGUGAAGAUCAAGGGAGAUCCGCUGGAAUGGCGUCGGUUUUUCAAAAAGAUCGUCGUCCUCUGCAAGGAUGGAGUGUACCUGCCUGAUGCAUAG